AUGGGCGCUCGUUCUCUCUUGAUCCUGACAAUGCCGCUCGCUCGCGACCUCUUGCACCCCACCCUUGAGGACGAAAAGUCCAAGCACAAGCUGAAGCGACUUGUGCAGAGCCCUGACUCGUUCUUCAUGGACGUCAAGUGCCCUGGCUGCUACGCCAUCACCACCGUCUUCUCGCACGCCCAGACUGUCGUCCAGUGCACCGGCUGCUCCACCGUUCUCUGCCAGCCCACUGGUGGCCGUGCCCGCCUCACCGAGGGCUGCUCCUUCCGCAAGAAGGUCCAGUAAAGAAUGACUCUACCCUUCUCAAUGGAAGUUGCGUGUAUUUCAUUCUUUUGAACUGUUGUGGAUUGUGGAAAACCAAUUACAAAAUUUUCCAUCCUC